GUGUGAGUGUGUGACAUAAGGGCGUUCCGGUUAUCUAUUUAAAGGUGAUCAUGAGGGUAUGUCCACAACUGCAAACUAGCUCGAUCAAAUUUUUCUUCCUUAGAAGAAGUCCAUAGAUCAAAAGAAUGGGAAACGAGACAGUAGUAGUGGCUGAAACUGUGGGGUCGAUAAAAGUGGCGGUGGCAGUGUGCCUAUUGAGAGGCCAAAACGUGCUCUUGGGACGGCGCCGCUCCUCUCUCGGAGAUUCCACCUUUUCACUCCCCAGUGGCCACCUUGAAUUUGGCGAGAGCUUUCAGGAGUGUGCAGUAAGGGAAUUGAAGGAAGAAACUGGUUUAGACAUUGACAAGAUAGAGUUGCUAACUGUGACCAAUAACCUGUUCCUAGAUGAAGCCAAACCAUCGCAGUACGUGGCUGUUUUCAUGAGAGCAGUGCUGGCAGAUCCUUGUCAAGAGCCCCAUAAUAUUGAACCAGAAUUCUGUGAUGGUUGGGGAUGGUAUGAAUGGGACAAUCUCCCGAAGCCACUUUUCUGGCCUUUGGAGAAAGUGGUGCAGGAUGGAUUUAACCCUUUUCCAACAUUAGACAGCUGCUAGCUAUUUGUAAUGUUAUUUUCUGCUAGCUGAUUCAUCAUCAGCACCAGCAAGCUGAUUUCCUUUUUAAGAGUAUUUUGUGUGAUUUAUUUGUACCAUGUACCUUCAUUAAGCAUUUAUUGAGUUUGUGUACUAAUCAUGUUAACGUGAAUUUUUUUUUUUUUUGUUCCGUGCAUCUCUGCCUCUCCCUGCCUACUCAAAUGAAUUAGUUGAGUAUAUUUUAUGAGAAUGUGAUGAAGUGUUUGUCCAUAUGAAAAAGUACGUAAUUUUGUCAGUUCGUUUUAGAUAUUUAAAGGUAAUUUAGACAUUUUGCUUCCUUCCUUUCCUAGUACUAAAAUUAUACAUACAUCUAAAGCCGAAACACUAUUCCUCUCACUGUUCAUUAAACAGUAAAAUGGCGUCUUUGCCCUUCGUUUUUGUUUCAAUUUCAGUUGCAAGAUGCCCUUUUCCCCGAUUGCUGCUUCUGAGACUUUCUCUUUGUUUUGGUAUAGAGAGAGAAAGACUGAAAGGAAAAAAGGAGUGAUCGAUCUAGAUUUAGAAACCAUGAAAGGAGAGAUAAUUUAGAAAGGAGCAGGGGGAUCUGAUUCUGGGUUUGUUUUGGGUUCCUCGGGGGCAAAACGGCUGUUGCCGUAAGAAAGAAGGGGUUGCGAUAGAAAGGGAUAGAAAGUGAUUGAGAUUGUGAUCGCGCUGUUGGAGUAGAGAGGAGAGGAGGAUGGAUCGAAGCUUUCAUCGAUUUUGAGAGGGAGUUUUCAGGAAAGAAGAAGAGAUUGGGCGGGAGGUUUCAGGAAGAUUUUUAUUAUCUGUGUGAUCUAGGCUUGGGUUUGUUUCGGAAGAGGUGUGUGCCAAGCUUUUGAUCGAGUUUAGGAGAUAGGUUUCGAGAACAAAAGAGAUUAUAUCCUCAGAGUGUUGAGAAGGCUUCACAGACUGAUAAGCUGUUUGCGCUUCUCCAAACAACAUUCAUAAUUUUCAAAAGUAGAAUACUUAACUGUCAUUAAGAUUCAUGACUUUCAGUUCAAUUUCGACAGUGCUUUGAACCAAGCCUGCAUUAUAUAUCAGUAACCUUCAAUGCUUUUUGAGAAUAGCCAACUUUGUCUUUCUGUAUUUCUCACUUUCAUAAAAAAUGAAGUCAAUUUCAGUUA